GAUGAUUUAAUAUCCUUUCUUUGGUUUACCCCCAAAAUCUCACUAAUCAAUUGCAAGCAUACCAAAAAAAUUAUUGAAAGAUUAAUAUGAAUUGCUUUCUACAGAUUUGGGAUAAGGGACUUAUGGAAAAGUAAAACUAGCCAUUAAUAGAACUAAUAACAAGAAAUGUGCAAUAAAAAUAGUAUAUAUAUGUUUAUAGAAUGUAGAUAUCUAAGAAUUAUAUUAAUUAAUACAAUGCAAAAUAACAUAUUGAUAAUGAGAUCAAUUAUCUUUAAUGUUGUAAACACAAGAACAUUGUAGAAUUUAUAGAAACUUUUGAAGACAAAGAUAAUGUUUAUAUUGUUUUGGAAUACUGUUAGAAUGGAACUUUGUAUGAGAUGAUAAAAAAGAAAAAGAUCUUUAGUGAAGAUGAAGCCUUUUCUUAUUUUUAUUAGAUAGCCCAAGCUAUAUAGUACUUACAUGAGAAAGAUAUAGUGCACAGAGACAUCAAAUCAGAUAAUGUCUUGUUAUAGAAUAACACAGUGAAAUUAUGUGAUUUUAAUUGGUCAACUUAUUUACCAAAUGGAGGGAAAGCUAAACCUUGUAUUUGUGGGACUACUGAAUAUAUGCCUCCUGAAGUUGUAAAAAAGUAAAAGCAUGAUAAAGGAGUUGAUGUAUGGGCACUUGGAAUAUUAUUACAUGUAAAUAUUAUUAUAAAAAAUUAGUAUAUGCUACAUGGAGAAUUGUUAUUUAGAGCAAAAAAUAAGGAAGAAUUACAUGAGAAGAUUUGUAAUAAAUAAUUGAUAAAAUUAAAUGAUAAUUUAUCAAUUGAGUGUAAAUAAUUAUUACUCUAAAUGCUUGCUCAUACAAAACGAUUUAAUAUUUAAUAAGUCUUGAAUUCUGAAUGGGUAAUUAAAAUGCUAACAAAUAAAAAUAUUUCACAUCCAUUAGAAUUAACUCCUAUUAAAAAUAGAUCAAGUGCUUAUGAAUUAACUAGAUUUAGUGUGAUUUCAGAAUCUACUUGUAUUUCUAGUUCUAAAUUUACAACUAAAUCUCAUGAUAUUGAAUCUCCAUUCAAAUAAUCUAAUAAUUUUAUAAAAUAAGUACCUUAGCCUUAAUAACCUUUGAAAGUUAAAAGUUCUGCUUUAGAUCAAAAUAUUACUGCAUUCAGAGUUGAAAAAAGACAAAUUGAUUGA